AAAAUGUCGUGAAGUUACAAAUCAUAAUUUCAAUUCAAUCAUGUAUGUCACUUCAUCAAUGAAAAGAAUUUAAAUAUAAAUUUGUUGUCAGGGAAGGAUAAGUUUGUUAUAAGAGGUGAGAGUGAUGUAAUAUAUAGAAAUAUUUUGGUUCUGGCAAUGAUAGCAACAUGAACAAUAAGAGUGCACGUUCUGGAAAACAGAAAAAAAAUAAUACUAAAAACACUGACAAUUUCAGUAAAGAUGAAGUAAAAGAUUCAACCAAUAAAAAAUACAAAAGUCAUAGUAAGCAAUCAAGGGAAAAACCUGAAAAUGUAUCAAUUCAAUCUAAGAGAAAAAGUGGUAGGUCAAAAAAUGAGUCUGAGGCAUUGUUCAAAGAAACCUCACUGAGUAACCCCAAAAAACACGUGGAAAAUGAAAACAAAAUCAAAAAACAUCGUUCUCGUUCUUCUGAAAAUUUCAAUCAAAAUUCUAAAGUGAAACCAGGACACUUGCGAAGAGAAAAAACUAUUCAUGUUGAGAAAAUAAGGAAAUAUCCUCAUCAUAAACAGGACUCCCACAGUAUGAAAUCAAUGAAACAGGAGAAAUGCGAAGAGAAAGAAGUGAGGAAACAUAAGCACAGGUCAAGAAGUGAAAAGAAAUCGAACCAACAUGAAGUAGUACAUCAUACUGAGCAGUUACUAUUUUGUCAAGUUGAAAAUGCCAAUCCUUUCAAAAAAACAACAACAAAAGAAGCAAUUCGAAGCUUUUCUCCCCCGAAAAGUUGUAAAGAAAAGUUACACAAAGUAAAUGAUUCAAAUGUAGUGAAAGAAAAUGUUCACAAAAGAGCUAAAAUUGAUGAACAUAUUUUUUCACCAGAAGUCUUGUAUGCUCAUGUUCAUCAUAAAAAAAAUAGACCAAAACUAGUUGUUGGCAGGAAACCUUUCAAAUAUUCUGUACUCGAACCAAAUUCAAGCUCCGACCAUAGAAAACAUAGAAAACUCUACAAAAUGAGCGUCAACAGUCUGAAGAAUGUUCAAACCAAGAAGAAUAAAAGAAAGCUUGUUGAAAAUUACUCCGAAGAUAUUUCACCAUCAACAAAACCACAAUUUCAGGAAAAAAUAGAAGACGAUUUGAAAAGCUAUUUCACGAGAAUACAAAGUUUGAUAGAUAAGAAAAUAGAUACCCUUCUUCAGAAUUACAAGAGUAAAAUCAAAUUAAAAGGAGCGAUAGAAGAAGAAAUAGCGGAACACGGUGCAAAUGUGGACUACAAUAAGGACAGCCGUCAUCACCACCAUGAGCCAAGAAAAAAGUCGUCUCAUAGAACAUCAAACAAAGAUAAAGGUGACGCUAAAAAAAAGUGCGGUAUGUCUCGAAGAGAAAGAAGUUUCCAAAACCCAGCAGACAGGAAUUGUAAUUCUGUAACAGCACCGUCACGACAUAGCUCUCCACCAGAGAGAAAAUGUAAAACUCCUCCUCGCUGUAAUUCUCCUGUAGUCAUGAAACAUGAUGGGAUGCUGCAAGGUCCUUCUCUCAAAAGAAAGAAUCAUGAUACUUUUGCUAACUAUAGUGUACCAGUUUUUACACACCAUGAACAUCCUAGACAAUGUUCACCAACAAGUAAAAAUGAAGAAAUGGCUCAAUAUUCUAAUUCAAGAGAAAAAAGAAAUUUUGAAAGCCCUCGUCAUCAUAAUUCGCCUGUUGAUAGAAGGCACGAAUCUUUACAGCGUCAUAGUACAUCAUCAGGAAGACAUUAUGAAGCUCUGCCAUGCUAUUCACCAGUUAAAACUGAUUGUGAAACAUCGCAAUUUCCAUCACAAUCCAACAAAUUUCCAGGUAAAAGCUGGAAACGAUUUCAUCAGCAAAAUUCUUCUGUAGAAGAAAAUUUACUAGAUUCGCCUUGUUACACUUCACGCCAAGUUAAUAAAGUGGAAAAUAAUAAAAUGACGAGUACAAAGCAGCUAUCAAAUUCUAUUGGGAAUGAAUGCAUUAGAAGAAAUCUCGUAGACAGAUAUGUAGACCAUAGAGAAUUCAAGGACAGUUGCACUACUCCCUCAAAGGAAAAUUUAAGGAAAAUCAAACCACACAAAGAAAAUUCUUUUCGAGUGGAGGGGAUAGAACCAGCAAAAUUAUUGGAAUCUGGAAACAAACCAUCAAAACAAAGAUUCAAAAGAAAUUUGGAGUGUAAAACAGUUUCAAUAAUAGGAAUACCCUCGCAGCUGAGAAAAAAGUAUUUCAGGAACCCUGAGACAAUAGAAGAAUCUGUAGAAAGAAAAAAGAGAACAAAGAGGUUCAAACUUUAUUAUCAAUACUCAAGAGACAACAAUUAUUAUUAUGCUGAAAGUGGUAAUUCUUCGGAAGGAAAAAGUGUAGUGAGUGACAGUUUGAGAGUUAUUUCAGACGAUUCUGAAUGCCAUAUUGAAAUGUGCAAAAUUAAAAAACAACAUGGUUUGACCGACAACUCUGAAUGUUACAAGAAACACCAGAAAACGUCAGUGCCAAGUAAUAUAUUCUCAAAGCGUUCCACAGAUAGAAACAUUAUAUAUAGAGAUACAGGGAAGCAAAGACAUAAAACUUCAGCUGAUUCAAAGCUCAAUAAUAUAAUCGAAGAAAAGACUAGUCUAUCAUCAUCGGGAGAACACAAAAAAUUGAAUUUGGAAAUUGACUGUAAGUAUUUUAGAGUUCUCCAAAGUAGUAGUUCUGAUUAUGGCAUGGGAUCGAAAAAUAAAUAUGGUUUGCCUUUCAAAAAUGAUAAAAUGAAUGUCAGCGAAAAAACAGAUAAUAAAGUUCCAAUCAAGUACAGAGAUAACAUCACUAAUGUCAAUAAACCAAAACGAAGAAGGGAUCUAACAAAUGAUACCCUGAGAAAAACUAGAAAUACUACACAAAAACCUAAAGAACAGAAAGAAAAAAUUAUCUCUAAAUCUGAUGUAGAUAUAUCUUAUAAGUCUCUAGUUGGAUUAAUGAAAUCAUCAAUUGAAACUAGUGAAGUGGAGAAACAUUCAUCUCAAGAAUCUUCUAGGACACCAGAAACGGUUGUUGAUCGAAAAAGUCGCACUUUCACUGGAAAAAUAGAUGAUGUGAAAUCUUUCAUUGACUUGGGUUAUCCGAAAAAAGAUGACAUCGGUAUUGAUGUUAAAGAGUACGUACAGAAAUUGCAACAAAUUUAUUUUGGAUUCGAAACACUUCGUCCCCAAAAAUAUUUCAUUAAUAAUGAAAUUGGGAUACAGAAAUGUUUAAUUGAUAACUUAACUGGUUACAGUGAGAUUAGUAAGAAAUCCAACGACAAAACCAACAUAGAUGAGGACCAUACAAAUGGUUUGCUACGUAAGAUAUACAAUUUGAUUGAAAAUCAAAAUCGUGAAAAGUCUGAAAUCGCUAAAGUCUUCAAAAUCGACAUGAAAGAAGAAAAAGAAGUCCAAGUAGUGUCCUGCAAGCAAGAUGAAGAAAUUAGUACUAAAGAUUUACAAUCUUACCAUGAAGAGUUCGAGGGAUAUACUUCAGCUGGAAAAACUAAUGAAGUGAAGCUCAACAAGUUGGUUAUGAAAGAUGUAGUAACUCAAGAAACUUAUGCUCGUGAUAUUGGUACGGAGAUGGAUAAAAAUAGUAUCAGAGACAAGGAAGCUUAUGUAUCAACAAAUAUAUUGGGAAAUAAAAAAGAUGUUAUUACUCAAAAAAUUGAUGCCAAUGAUAUUGGUAUAAAUGUACAUGACGGUGGCACAAAAAAAGAUGCCAAGUGUAUCUCCAACACCAAUAUAUUGAAGACGGAUAUGGCAGUAGAGGUGAAUACUACAGAAGAGCAUGUGGAAGAUGUACCAGCAAAUCUCGUUGAAGAUGAAAUGAACCUACAAAGAAAUUUCAAAAAAAGGAAUUCAUUUGGACAAUUACCAAAACCUAAAUAUGUAGCUGCUUCUAAAAUACAAAAGAUAGACAUGGCUAUAGAAGUAGAUACUACAAAAAAAUAUAGUAAAGAUGUACCAGAGGAGCAUCUAUUAAAAAUUAGAGACCCGGUUGUUGAAGAUAAAAUGAGGUUACCGAUAGUUCAUAAGGAUGGGAAUUCACCUAAUCAUUUAUCCGAGUCAAAAUGUGUAUCUACAUCAUUAAUACAAAAAGUAGACUUAGCACUAGGAGUAAAUACUGCAGAAAACCUUUUCAGAGAUAUUUUAGAGCAAGGUAAAAUAAGUGUAUCUCUUGAAGAUGAAAUGAUGAUUUCAAGACGUUCUACAGAAAAGAGUUUACUUAGCCAGAUACCCAAACCAAAGCGUAUAUCUACAGACAGAGUACAAAAAAUAGACAUGGCAGUAGAGGUAAACACCACAGAAGACUAUAUAAAAGAUGCUUUGGAGGAUGAAAAGUUAAAAAUGAAAAAUAUGUCUCGUGAAGAUAGAAUGAGCCAAAUGAAAGUUUCUAAAGAAAAAAGUUCAACUAUCCAAUUAUUCAAACCAAAAUGUGUGUCUACAGCCAAAAUACCCAAAGCAGACAUGGCAGUAGAAGUUAAUACCACAGAAGAACAUAUGAGAAACAUUGUGGCUGCAGACAGACUAAAAAUAAAUGCCUCUCUAGAUAGUAAAAUGAAGCAACUAAAUGUUUCUGAUGAGACGAGUUCUCUUAAUCAGUUAUUAAACCCAAAGUGGGGAUCUACAGCCAAAAUACAAAAAGUUGAUAUGGCUGUAGGAGUGAACACUGCGGAAACACAUAGACUAAUUACUAAAGACACGUCUGUUGAAACUAAAAUAAACUCCUUUAGAAUUUCUAAAGAAAAGAGUUCGCUCAACCAAAUACAUAAACCAAUUAAUGAAUAUAAACCCCAAUUUGUUUCGCAUAAAAAAAGAAAGGAUAAACGUGAAAUGAUACAAGAACAAGUGGUAGGAAACAAGGAUGAUAGAAAGGAACAUAUUCAAUUAAAAUCUAGUUCUGUUAGGACCAAAACACUGAAAAAUAUGAAAGAAGAACAUGAUCUUUAUGGCUCUUGUGAUUCAAAAUCUAUCAAAUCCAAAAUGCCCAUCAGCAAAAAACAUAUGGUGCUUGAUGCAUCAGAAGAUAAUAAACCUAGGAAGAAAGAAAAAUCUGAAUUAAAUGGCUGUAAAGCAUCAUCACAGUUAAAGAAAUCUAAAUCAGAAAUAAGUUUCAGAAAAACACAUAUUGACGCCGAGGAGAGCAAAAUAACUAGCCUAGUUUGUCUUCACAAAUAUUGCAAUAUUAUUAAAUAUGAAACAAGUUCAAAAUCAAAUACUCAUUCUUUAGACCACUAUCCAAACAGCGAACAUCGAGAGAGUAGUCGAUUAUUUUUAACAAAGGAUUACAGAACAUCUGAUAUUAGUGCAUACAAAAAACGAAAAAUCUAUGAUGAAGCAAUCCGAAGAAAAAUGAGAAGGAAGGCUGGCAUACAAAGUAAAACUAAUUUAGCACCACAAGUGUUUGAAGUGAGAUUUGUAACAAUUGAUAACUUUCAUGGUAAUUUCCUAAAAAAUGCAAAAACUGUGGAAAAGGGUGAUUUUUAUGAAACCAAUUAUGAAAAUACGCUGACAAGGACAGGUUAUAGAUCGAAGAUUCCUGAAUGUUACUUUGAAGGAAAUUUAAAAAAAAACAUCAAUUUUACACCAAUUAAAACACCAAUGCACCAAUUGAAACUCUGGGAAUUUUAUCAAAAAGCUCUCAAAUGUCCCAAUUCAUAUUCAUCAUGCGAAGGUAAUAAUAUCAUUAUGAAAGCGGGUGAAGCAUUGCAAAGAAAUUAUGAAUGUCUAACAGGAAAAAACACAUUUUUUUUCAUUGACUGCAUAUGUAAAUAUUUGUUAUCAGAAAAUUUAUCCAACAAUAUGAAUAUUGAUGAGAAUCGUCUUGAUCGACCCAUUUCAUAUUCUCUUGAAGAAUAUAACAUCUCCUCCUCUACUGAUUCAAAAGAAGAGAGUAUCGCCGAUAGCAUUGCUUCAUAUGAAAAUGAACAUGAAAAAGAUUUAAUUAACAGAGACAAUGUGGACAAUAUAGAAUGUGUCAUCGACAGAAAACUAGAAAUUACUGGUAACUUGAGUUGCCCCAUCUUAAGGGAACGUGACUCCUCUUUCGAUUAUCUAUAUCAAAUAGAGUCUGAUGACAAACUGAACAAUAUUGGAACUUUUCUGAAUCCGAAAAAACCGGUGAACGCAAUUUUGGGAUAUGCUUUAAAUGGUAACACGUCACAAACAAGUUUCAAACCUCUUUUGGCUAGUUCUUUAAUUGAAGUCGAUUUUGAAGCACCGUGUUCCGAGGAAAGCGGUUAUUCCAGUACAAGAUCAAGGCACAGUUUUUUAUCUAUUCCUAAUUUUUUUAAAAAACCAAAUAUUGCAGCACUAAUGAAACCACAGAGUAGGAACUGGUUUCAUUCAGACGAAAACCUACAUUCAGAAAAAUCGACUUCAAGUACACACAUUUUCACAGAUUAUCAAAAAAUGAAGAAGCAGUGCCAGGAGUAUGCUCAUAAAGUAACGGAGUUCAGUAAAUCAAAGAUAUGUAUGGAUGCAGGUUAUGAAGAAAUACCGCUAGAAGUACUCAUUGGAAAACAAAAUGGUCUCAAUGUGAUAAGGUUCAGGAGUGACAGUAUUCUGGAAGAAAAAAUUGAAUCUAAAAAAAAGGAAUAUGCAGAGAGUGAACCCACAGAUUAUGUAACACAAAACAAUUCGAGUAUAAAUUUAAUACAAAAAUUCGAUUGCUCUCUACAGUCUAAAGAUCAUACUCAGAAUAAUCAAGUUUCAGUGAUUUAUGAAAACAUGGCAGAUAACGAUUCUUGUCAACUGAAAGAUGAUGAUACGGAAGAGGAACCACAUAAAGAAAACGACAGAAAUCUUGAUGUGACCGAAAGUCGGUCUGUAGAAAGUCUAGAAUUGAGUGAAAUAGACUCUAAAUCGGAUGUAGAACUGCUUAGAAAAAUAUUAAAUUCCGAGGUGUUUUUGAGUUCUACGAAUUUCAGUACUUAUUGUAUAACUAUAGUGGAAUCUCAAAAUCUGAAAUCUGAAAUUCAUGGAAAAAGUUCGUCAUCAAACGAUGUUUUGGAUGACUUUUCUGCACUUAAAGAUGAAUUCAAUGAAGGAAGAAAAAUCUCAUCAAACUGUAAUAUACUAGACUACAAGUUGAGAAAAUUCGAAAACAGUGUUUCCAAAAAAUUUUUUGAAAAUCUUCUGGAAGUUUACGAAAAAGAAAUUACUAUUUGUUCUGCACUCUUGGAAGACAAGAAUUUUCUAGAAAAUCAUUUACUUCACUUCGCCAUUGAUAAACUGGAAAAGGCUACGGAACUAAGUAAAAAAUCAAUAGUGAGAAAUAAAAUGAAAAUGUUUAUUCAGAAAGUUUUCCAUACAAAAAACCGAAGAAAGUCUAAACCGAAUGUUUUCUCAAAAAGCAUUGAGGAAGAUGAAAGUACACUCCCCUCAGUCGAUGUUGUUUAUCAAGAGAAACUACAAUCUUUAGCGAGGAGUGCCUACAAAUAUUUUUCUAUGUUCGUUCAAGCUGUAGAACAUAAUCAUAAAAUAAAUGAUGAAAUGAAAAUUUGUGGCUUAUUGAAAUUGCUAGAAAGGAUAGAGAAGGGCCAUUUCAAAUUUUUACGUAGAAAAGAAUCGGUGGACUUCGAAAAGGAAAUAAAGGACCAAGUUAAGCAAGCCUUCAGUGAGAUAUAUUGUAAAGCAUCCAAGGAGGCUGAAAUAAAUCAUCGAAAAUUAUCAGCAAAUGACAUACACAUGAUUGCAACAUUUGUUUGUAAAUAUAGAAUUGGUUUACUUUCUCGAACGGACCUGAUUGCUUCUUAUAUUGGCCAAGGAUUUUUUAGAACAGAAUAA